CGCCGCGCUCCGUCCGGGGCGGGGCGGCGCGUUCGGCGGGCGGCGCCGGGGCUGUAGGGGCACGCGGCCCGCUGGUCGCGCCAUGUCGUUCCGCCGCGCUUUGGCGCUGGCCGCCUGCGGGCUGGCCGGAGGCUCCGUCCUCUUCUCCGCCGUUGCCGUGGGCAAGCUGCCGGCCCGCGGCGGCGACGCCGAGCCGCGGCCGGGGAGCUCCCCCGCCUCCGUGCCACCCGCUUCCGCGGCGCCGCCGGGUUUGCUGCUGCUGCCGCCCGCCGCCGCUGCCUCCUGCCCGGCGGCUCCCGGCUGGAUCGAGAGACCUGCCGGUACCGGCGGGUACUGGGACAGCAACUGGGACAGACGUGAACCACUGGCUCUUAUCAACCUCAAAAAGAAAAAUGAAGAAACUGGGGAAGAAGAACUUGCUUCACGCUUAGAUCACUGCAAAGCAAAAGCCACCAGGCACAUAUUCCUUAUCCGUCAUUCGCAAUAUAAUUUGGAUGGCCGGGCUGAUAAAGACAGAACUCUGACCCCACUUGGUCGGGAGCAGGCUGAACUGACUGGACACAGGCUAGCAAGCUUGGGAUUAAAAUUUGAUCAGAUUAUCCACUCGUCCAUGACUAGAGCAACUGAAACAACUGAAAUUAUAAGCAAACAUCUCCCAGGAGUUAAAAAAAUUAGUACUGAUCUGCUGAGAGAGGGAGCACCUAUAGAACCAGACCCUCCAGUCUCUCACUGGAAACCAGAAGCUGUGCAGUAUUACGAAGAUGGAGCUCGAAUUGAGGCUGCUUUUCGAAACUUCAUUCAUAGAGCCGAUGCAAAGCAGGAAGAAGACAGCUAUGAGAUCUUUGUCUGCCAUGCCAACGUGAUCCGCUAUAUUGUGUGCAGAGCAUUGCAGUUCCCCCCAGAAGGCUGGCUGCGAAUGUCUCUUAACAAUGGCAGCAUAACUCACUUGGUGAUACGUCCAAAUGGGAGAGUGGCACUUCGAACACUGGGUGACACAGGUUUCAUGCCUCCAGAUAAAAUCACACGCACCUGAAUGAGCAAAACUGAUGGCUGUCCAGGAGCUGCCUCCAGUCUCUUUGCACUAGUACAUUCAGCUACAGUACCACUAGGUUUUUAUCUGUUAUGUUGGGGUGUGAUGCUGUCUUAAAAAUGUCCUUUAGCCCCUUGCCUCCUUCAUACAUACUCAUAUCUGCCUUUCAGUCCAGAAGAGAAGAAAUCUUUGUAAGCCUGACGCUGUCCAGUCCUCAAGUAUUCCCCAGAACGCCAAGCCGAGCUGUGGAAUACAAAGCAAUUGAAUGUCUGUGUGCUCAGCAGUUGUGAGAGCAUCGACUUCCCCCACUCCCCAUGAGGUUCUAUAACCAAAGCUUGCGCCUGUGGAUGUUUUUCUUGUGCAGGAAAGCAGUUGGUGUGGGAACUGGAAGGAACCGCCUUGUAUCACACUGCAGCUAAAACUGAAGAUGAGCCAGCUUGUUUUGACUCCUGCAGAACUGACAAACGGUAUUCUGCUGCUUGAAGGACAAAGGGAUAGAGCUUCAAUUUUUGUAAGCUGUUGAGGGUGUAUGUUCAUGUGUUGUCGUUCCCCUCUGCCCCCAAGAUGCUCAUGUAAACUGUGCCUGGAGAGUGUAAGCAUAAAGCAAAGAGGGUAAAAAAGCAUUUGCCUCAGAGCUGUGGUGCUAGAAUUAACUGCUGCUUAAACUAAGUGUUCCUCCAUCCUCAGGAAGUACUUUAUUCUGAACAAUGUUUUUCAGUCUCGUAAAGCCUUUAACUAAAACUUGGUCUGUAGAAGGACAUGGGGAUGAGGUUGUAGCAGUAAGAUGGAAAGGAACGCAGCAAUCUUCUGACAGUGCUUCCAGUUACUGACUCUUACAUUGUUAAGUGCUUUCUCCCAUUGAUUUGCUUUUGGUGAUACCUUGCUUUCAGAGUAAAGUCACACCACUGAGGUCAAGGUUGUGAUACUGCAGGUCAGAGCUGCUGCAGCAUUGGCACAAACUGCUGCUUAAAACUACUGUUGCUUGAGUGGUGAAGAAGUAUCUGUGGAGUGGCUUUUUGAGGCCAAAUGCCCAGUACAGAUGUCAGGCAGACUGUGAAGUGGCUCCUCUGUGCGGCUCUGAUGCUGCUGGACUUGUGCUAGCAAAAACGCAGAUGGCUGAGACCUAGGUCAUUUUUGAGGAGGGGGCUCAGAGGGUUGGGGUUGGUUUUUUUUUUUGUGUUUUUUUGGUGUGUGUGGGUUUUUUUGUUCCCCCCCCCCCCCCCCCCCCCAAAGCUGUGUGCUAGGCUGCUGAACCGUGUAGGAAUGGCUCAGAGUACCUGGACUGUUGAAAAAGGUCACUCUAUGCAUAGUCUGCCUUGGUGACAGAGCACAUACUGCAGGACAGCACCACCUGUAACUUGUUUGACAGGUUCUCUUUAUCACCAAGACUGUUGUGGAGACCCUACAUGCUCCUGUCAGAGCUGUAUGGCACACAGCCUAACGAGACAAGGGUGUAUUUGAUACAGGAUUGCUACGGUAGGAUGAGUUCAAGGAAACAGGCUGGUAAGGGACAAAACGUGAUUGGUGUGUAGUGUGAGCUGUGGGGGGCAAGAGGGAACCAUCACAACGUAUCUCUCAUUGAUGCAAUGAGAAUAACUUACCAGUUUUUGUCUAUAACUUUUUAAAAGUUUUGAAUAAAAUAACUGGUCUGUCUUUCUUGUCUCUUCAGUUGGAUAGUUGUGUGACGUCUGCUGUGGAAGGAAGGGCUGCUCAGUGACUUGUGGUUCUGCCAGCUGAGCAGCCUUUGUAGCCCACGUUGCCUGGGGCAACAGUUCAUUUACCUGCUCUGUCCUUUUAACUCCAACUAUCUGAAAUGUAAACUUGAGGUAGGAGCUAGCGCAGUUAGUGAUCAUCACCUGCAGAACCAUGUGCCAGCACUGCAGUGUACGAGGGACUCCCAUUCUCUAGUCACAGCCCUGUGGGGCUCGGCCUUUGGGAGUUCAAGGGCUGCAUCACUACCAUCAUGUCGAACAGGAGCACCAAAGCUGCUGGUAAGAUGAAAACGCUGUGCAUUUUUAUUUGUGUGUGCAUACAUGUACCCUCUCACAUCCACGCCCUUCUUGGUGGGCAGCCAGAGGACACGUGCACAGAAUUUCACCUUUUCAGUGGCACUUCAGUUAUGGGGGAUGAAGUAUGAAAUUUUAAGAUGUACAUACAUAAUUUUUUUACAGGAUUUGGACUUCCUGUCUCAAACAUUUUGAGACGCUUCAAGUCUUCAGUGACAUCACCCAACCUCAUUGCUCACAUACACACACACACACGAUGCAUGAGUUGUGUUGGUAAGGCCUGGCCAAAUUAGUAAUUUGCACAUCAUGGUUAUCAACCCAGCUGCUUGCCACCAUGGCCUGUAAACUAAACACAGCGUCACACUUUUAGCUACUCAUUUAUUUUUUAAUAGAAAGCAGGGUAAGUGUAUUUUUAACAUGACGCUUGACUAAUAAAAAAACCCAAAAAAAAAAAAAAAAAAAAAACCCAAACCACAACUAAUCUUUUGCACCUUUAAAAGUGAAUUUUUUUUUUUGGCCAAGAAAAUACAAUUCAAGCACUAUCCAUCUGAUUUAAAGUGUCUCCACAGGCUCAAUGGGGAAGAGCUUUCUUCACAAUUACGAAUCAUUAGUAGCUACAUAAAUUGCUUUUUAUUUUGAUAGCUGAAGUAAAUAUAUUGUUAGAAAAAAUGACCUCUUAAGAUGCACUACAACUGGACUAAUGCACAUUACAUACCACAGUUAAAAAAAAAAACAAUCUUGACUGAACCAAAACAAAAUGACAAAGUGAAAGGGUCUGGUGGUGGUGUGUGUGUGUGUGGGGGGGGGUGUCUGUCUACAGGUACAUACUAGUAAUAUACUUUUUUUAAAAAAAAAAAAAAAAAGGCAAAGCAUAACAAAGGUAAAAAGGACAAAAAGGAAGAACUAGAGCAUUAGUAUCAGUCUCCUGCCUCUGUGACAAACUCUUAGCAAAAGGGCAACAUCACUAAGGGACAGCUCAAGAAGGUCCCGGCUGGCGAGCAGCAGCUGUGUGUCUAGCAACUUACCCCAUGGAUUAGGCUUUAACAGGGUAUCAGGCAAUUACUAAUCAUCUGAGUCAUUUCUCCAGAAUGACAGACAUCAUUUACAUUAAAUUAUUAAAAAAACCCAACAAACCCAAACCAGAACUUAAACACCCCCAAGCCCAAACCAAAAAAAAAACCCAAAACAAAAAACCCCAAACCCUUUAAAGUAAACCUGUAGGAAUGUGUGACCUAAAAAAAUUGUUUGCGACCAGGGAGACUGCUGCAUCAAAAAACCCAGACUGGAAAAAGCCUUAUGAAAAAGAUCAGUUAAUAUACUUGGUAACAGAGCAGGUUAUGUUGGCUUGGUUUGUUUAAAUGUCUCUUGAAGAAUGACACUGCCCUGCAACCUCCAGCUCAGUGUCUGGAAUAUCACUAAUGACAGUCAUUUGUGUAAAGCAGCUCUUCAUGGUGUCCAGCUCACUGGAAAUAGGCUUAAUUAUAAAGAAAUAGCUAAAUAAGCCUUCUUUUAGAAUAAUUUCUAAACUAGGAAUGCUCUCCCACAGUGGAGAGCUAUCGCACCAAAUAAUCAAACUUAGAAAGAGACAUUAAAAAUACGGUCCGUUCAGAAAGCCCAGAAGAAAAACUGUAUUUUAUGUGCCCAUAGUAAGUGGAUGCCACUUUCUUUAAAACUUCUAAAAGAACAAAAA